GAGAGCCGGCAGACAGAGAGAGCACCAGCUCCGUCUCUAUCCACCUAUCUACCGGUUUCUCCAUCAACAUCUGCUGAGCUAUGAGCCAAACCAGGGAUUUACAGGGAGGAAAAGCCUUCGGGCUGCUGAAGGCCCAGCAGGAAGAGAGACUCGAUGAAAUCAACAAGCAGUUCCUGGAUGAUUCCAAAUAUAGCAGUGAUGAGGAUCUGCCCUCCAAACUGGAGACCUUCAAGAAGAAAUACAUGGAGUUUGACCUGAAUGGAAACGGAGAUAUCGAUAUCAUGUCCUUGAAGCGGAUGCUGGAGAAACUGGGGGUCCCCAAGACCCACCUGGAGCUCAAGAAAUUAAUCAGGGAGGUGUCCGGCGACUCUGGGGAGACUUUCAGCUACUCUGACUUCCUCAAGAUGAUGCUGGGCAAGAGAUCUGCCAUCCUAAAAAUGAUCCUGAUGUACGAGGAGAAAGCGAGAGAACAGGAGAAGCCAGCAGGUCCCCCAGCGAAGAAAAAUAUCUCUGAGUUGCCCUAAUUUGUAGUAGGGGAGAUGUUGUGGGAUUGAUGGGGCUUCUAAUGACCCCAACACGGAAAAAGGACACAGAAUUGUGAGCCAGAGGUACACUAAAUUAAAUAAACUAUCCUUCUCCAGAAAAAAAAAA